AUUCUAAAAUCAAGGGUUUUUCAGAGUACGGUUAAGAUAAUCAUACCAUGGCAGCCUCACCAUCUUCACCGUCAGCACCGUCCUCUUCGAUUGACAAUUGCCCCAUUUGUUGGGAUGAACUUUCUACAACAUGUGGAAGAACACUUGUAACCCUCCAAUGCUCUCACAAGUUCCAUCUAGACUGCAUUGGUUCGACGUUUAAUUCUUUUGGUGAAAUGCGAUGCCCCUUAUGUCGAGCCACUGAAAGUGGCACUUGGAUUAUCCCUGGACAAAGAGUAGAUGAAGAAGCUUCUGAGGAAGAUGAUUCAGACACUCAGGGAUUUGAAUUUGAGGAAUGGGAUCUGUUUCCUAUUCAGGGAAGGUUGAUGGAAUCAACAAGAGCCCUGCUUUAUCAAGCGUUUUCACGCCCUGCUGUCCUGGCUAUUGGGGAUGGGACACUUUAUCAUCAGGUCUCUGCUUUUGAUAUCAUUCAUCAACUAAAUUGUGAAUGGAAUCAACCACCGCUGUCAGGAUUCAAUUCAAUGUUGAAUCAUUAUGCAAUGACAAAUCAUACAAUCAGAGUUGCAUCUUCAACCCCAAGAGCAACUCCAGGUCAUUCUCAGGGUGUUGUGGAUAUUGAGUCAUAUUUUGAGCCGGUUAUUCUUGAGCCUGGUCGGAGCAAUGGCCCUGCAAAUUACGAUAUUAACUGGAUAUGCCCGCCUAACAAUUCACCAUCUCCGGAAGUACGUGCAAUGAUGUCUGGCCGGCCGCGUGGAUCCAAUGGCUUACCAGAGAGGGUUCCUGCUGGUAAUGCAGCAUUGCAAUCUGAACAGGCUCAGUUAAACGUGCCUCCUAAUGCUCCAGUUGACAGGCAACACCAGGAAUUGCCUACAAUUGUUCAACAUGAAACCGAUAACGUUUCCCCUUCCGAGAAUUCGCUGGAUGACAGUGAUCCUUCUCUGAAAUUGCUGUUAGCUCUAGAUCUUAUUCAAGCUCUGAUGAGUUCAAUGGAUGAUCCGCUGGGGAUGGAUAAGGGUGGCGAAGUAGGAAACUCUCAGGGAUUAAGGUGUUUAGAGGCUUUGGUUAGGAAUAAGGCAGUUUUGAAAGGAAGCAUUGGAGUUAGAUGAAGUUAAAGAUCAGAAGCCAGAGGGUGGGAUAUAUGAUAUUCCGAUGAGAAAGAGGUGUAUGGAUGAGAAGGCAGCUGUUAAUCAGGAAGGCUGCACUCCUUCCGUUUACCAAGUUGAUAGCCAUUUUUGGCGGUUUCUUUGGAUGGAGUUGUUCUCAAGACGAUUAAACAGAGGUUAAUUUACUUAGAUCUUCUAUAAAUUAUCUGAAGUUUC